AUGACAUAGAAUAUUCAAGAGUUCUAUUGUAGAACUUUAAAGAAGAAAGCAAAGAAAGUCCUUGAGUAAAUAGAAGGUAAAGACAUAAUUGAAGCAAGGAACAAAAAAGUAAACAAAUAUGAUGGGGAAACUGUAAAAGUAAUAAAUCUGGUGAAAUUUAGUAAUAAGCUGUCGAUAUAAACUUCAGAGCCUUUUAAAUCAACUUUGAACUUCAAGAGGAGUUCCUAAAUGAUUGA